AUGUCUGAAGAAUACGAUCAAGAGGCCAUCGAGGCUGCCGAGAACCGCAAGAAGAGACAGUUCCGGACCUUCCAGUUCCGCGGUGUCGACCUCAAGGACCUGCUGGAGCUCUCCCCCGAGAAGUUCGUCGACCUCGUCCACGCCCGUGCCCGAAGACGCCUCCAGCGCGGUCUCAAGCGCAAGCCCAUGGGCCUCAUCAAGAAGCUCCGCAAGGCCCGCCAGGAGGCCAAGCCCAACGAGAAGCCCGCCGUCGUCAAGACUCACCUCCGUGACAUGAUCAUCGUCCCCGAGAUGAUUGGAUCCGUCAUCGGCAUCUACAACGGAAAGGUCUUCAACCAGGUCGAGAUCCGCGCCGAGAUGGUCGGAUUCUACCUCGCCGAGUUCUCUAUCUCCUACACCCCCGUCAAGCACGGUAGACCCGGUAUCGGUGCUACCCACUCGUCGCGUUUUAUCCCCCUCAAGUAA